AUGACACAAGAACAAGUUGCUCCCGCGGCAGACCCCGCGCCCGCGGCACACAAUCCCUCCCACGAAGAGCACCAAUACCUCAACCUGAUCCGUACAAUCCUUGCUCAGGGAGAGCACAGGCCCGACAGAACCGGCACCGGAACGCAAUCGCUAUUCGCGCCACCCCAACUUCGCUUCUCGCUCUCAAAGCCCAACCCCAAUGGAGGCGAUCCGAUCCCCGUUCUACCUCUUCUCACCACGAAACGAGUUUUCCUCCGCGCCGUUCUCGCAGAGCUUCUCUGGUUCAUCUCCGGCUGCACGUCAUCGCUGCCCCUCUCUGAGGCUGGGAUCAAGAUCUGGGAUGGAAAUGGCAGCCGGGAGUUCCUUGAUAAGGUUGGACUGGGACACCGGGAAGAAGGCGACCUCGGCCCCGUCUAUGGCUUCCAAUGGCGACACUUUGGUGCCGAGUACGUCGAUGCAAAGGCGGAUUACACGGGCCAGGGAGUUGAUCAACUCAAGGAAAUUGUCAACAAGAUCAUGAACACGCCUUUUGAUCGCCGUAUCAUCAUGAGUGCGUGGAAUCCGGCUGACCUGCGGAAGAUGGCGCUCCCGCCUUGCCACAUGUUUGCGCAAUUCUACGUGUCUUUCCCGCCAGGAAUGAAGCUCGAUGAGAAGACUGGAAAGCCUACUGAGAAGGGUACCUUGUCUUGCCUUCUUUACCAGCGCUCUUGUGAUAUGGGUCUCGGUGUACCCUUUAACAUUGCCUCGUACGCUCUUCUCACGCAUAUCCUCGCUCACGCUGCCGAUCUCCACCCCGGCACUUUGAUCCACACUAUGGGCGAUGCCCAUGUCUAUCUUGACCACGUCGAUGCGUUGAACGAGCAGUUGACUCGCGAGCCGACUGAGUUCCCGGAGUUGCUUAUCAAGCGUGAUGACCGGGGCAGCGCUGUCAUCGACGGUUGGAAGGAGGAUGAGUUUGAGGUUAUUGGAUAUAAGCCUCACAAGACCAUCAAGAUGAAGAUGAGUGUUUAG